AUGAUGUUUGGACCUGAUAUAUGUGGCACUCAGACGAAGAAACUUCAUGUCAUCCUUUCAUACCAGGGUCAAAACUACCCUAUCAAGAAGGAUUUGCAAUGUGAAACGGACAAGUUGACUCAUUUUUAUACAUUCAUCCUUAGGCCUGAUGCGUCAUACAGUAUUCUGAUUGACGGUCGAGAAAGAGAUUCAGGAAGCAUGUAUACAGAUUGGGAUAUCCUUCCUCCCCGCAAAAUUAAGGCCAAGAAUGCAAAAAAGCCUGCUGACUGGGAUGAUCGAGAAUAUAUAGACGAUCCAAAUGACGUUAAACCUGAGGGAUAUGAUUCUAUUCCACGCGAAAUACCUGAUCCGAAGGCAAAGGAGCCGUUUGACUGGGAUGAAGAAGAAGAUGGAAUAUGGAAAGCACCCAAAAUUCCAAAUCCAGAAUACAAGGGACCAUGGAAGCCUAAGAGAAUCAAGAAUCCUAAUUAUAAAGGAAAAUGGAAGAUCCCUUGGAUUGAUAAUCCUGAAUUUGAGGAUGACCCCGAUCUGUAUGUUCUAAAGCCUAUCAAGUAUGUUGGUAUUGAAGUUUGGCAGGUGAAAGCUGGCUCUGUUUUUGACAACAUUCUGAUUUGUGACGAUCCCGACUAUGCAAAGAAUGUAGUGGAUGAAAUUUUCGCUAAUAGGGAGGCUGAAAAAGAAGCCUUCGAGGAAGCAGAAAAAGUGAGGAAAGCAAAGGAGGAAGAGGAGGGACAGAGAGCAAGAGAAGAAGGUGAAAGGAGGAGAAGAGAAAGGGGUCAUGAUAGAAGGUAUCGAGACAGGGAGCAUCACAGAGAGAGAUACAGAAAGCGCCGCCAUCAUUAUAUGGACGAUGACUAUCAUGAUGAGCUGUAA